AAAUAUUUUGGCAAUGGGGUCGACGAUGAUCGUGCCAAUGGAGCCGAUGAACCAUGAGGAAGAUGCCAAUAUCGUCACUCAUCGCUUUUUCGGGCGCCGUCCUAAGAUCCCAGCAAACAUGGCAGCGGUGCCACUCUUGAAGAAGGUGAUGGCGGAGUUCCUGGGGACCUUCAUCCUGAUGUUCACCCAGGUGUCCUCCAUCAUGAUCAUGGACGAGGUGCAGGGCCUGAUGGGCAUCGCCGUGUCUGUGGGUCUGGCCGUCACGGUGCUCGUCAUUUCCCUCGUCCAUAUAUCCGGGUGCCACAUGAACCCUGCAGUCAGCAUCACCAUGGCCGUCUUCGGCCACCUCCCUCCGGCGCACCUCGUCCCUUACAUGGCAGCGCAGGUGCUCGGCUCCACCGCCGCCAGCUUCUUCGUGUGCAAGGUGAUCCAUCACCGUGUCCACCCCGGCAUCGCCACCGUCCCCGGUGUCGGGGUCGGCGCGGCGGAGGCCUUCUUCGUCGAGUUCAUCGUCACCUUCAUCCUCCUCUUCGUCAUCACUGCUGUUGCCACGGACCCUCAUGCAGUAGGUCAAAGAGUUGCUUGGACUCGCAGUUGGUGCAACCAUAGUGAUGAACAUUCUUGUCGCAGGACCAUCAACAGGAGCUUCGAUGAAUCCAGCGCGUACAAUUGGUCCGGCGAUUGUUACAGGGAGAUAUACCAAGAUCUGGGUUUAUUUGGUCGCUCAACCGCUGGGCGCUCUCGCUGGAAUGGGAGCUUAUGUUACGAUAAAGCUGUAGCUACAACGACAAAAAGAUUGUUUUCUUAGAAAAAAAAAAGAGAAUUUCGUAUUUGCCACUCAAAAUUUGUCCGGAUGCUCAAAUGCCAUUGAGAAUUU